UUUUUAUAUUUGCUGGGAAUGCCUUGUAUGGGUGCCUUCUAUAUAUACUUCUCCUGGCAUGUACCUGGUCAAUCAUCCCGUACACCUUGGAACUCAGUUGGCACUCUACAUCCUAGUAGCAGGCAUUCUUUGCAUAUACAUCAACUACGACUGUGAUAGGCAAAGGCAAGAGUUUCGCAGAACAAAUGGCAAAGCUUUGGUUUGGGGUAAAGCUCCAUCAAAGAUAACUGCCACUUACACUACCACAACUGGGGAAACAAAAAGCAGCAUUCUUUUAACUUCGGGAUGGUAUGGAAAAUACUGGAAAUCGUACUGCGAGAAGGUUCGGUACAGGGUCAUCCCCGGAAUUUACUGAGAAAAUGUUGCACAAGUGUUUGUUCUAUGUUGAGAAUGGCAUGUAUAUUCAGCCUUUCCAAAUUAAAUGAUGGCAGGCUGGUAUCAUGUUGUUGUUAUUGUUGUUUUUGUAAUGGUCAACUUUAUGGAUGUUGUAUUUCUCUCAUCUUCAAUGACCAAAAACUUUUCUUGUUUAGGAAAA